AAGGUGUGGGUGAGGGAAAGUCUCUCGGACCGCGCAGUCGUACAGGAAAGGUGUGGGUGAGGGAAAGUCUCUCGGACCGCGCAGCCGUGGAGAAAGGUGGGGAUAGGAUGAAGAAGAAACAGUUGCUAUUGCGCAGCUGCAGCAGGCAGACGGAGGGGAUGGUGAAAUGAGCGAGAAGAAACAGUCGCUGUUGCGCAGCCGUGGUGGCUUGGUGCAAGUGUUCAAGCAGAGAGGUAAACGGUGAAAACAGGUGGAGGAAAGUUGAGCUGGGUUGGGUCGAAAGAUACGGCGUCUGAGGUGAACGGAGGAGGAGGGAAGGUGGAAAAUAAAAACCCAUCGAGUCACCGACAGUGGACUUUUUCUUGUCGGUUUGAGGUGAAAGCUUAUUGUUUGGCAGGCGUCAGGGUUUGAUAUAAUGAACCCACUGCUAUGGCAAGCAACACUCUUGAAGGCUUCCAUGAGGUGAACUUGGCUUCACCUUCCUCUCCAGGUUACCCUGAAUUAACUGAACUGGAGACCUCAGAAAUUGCUACUUCAGAGCUUCCUUAUCACCCUCUUUCGUUGGUGAGCUCAACCCCAAUUCAGCCCACUGUACUGGUUGCUGUAGAUCUUCCUACACAACCAAUUUAUCCAUCCUCUCAACAUCUCAGCAGCGGAGAAUCAAGAAAUGUCAGCAAUCAAUUCUCAAUGUCAUGUGCCAGCUCUGGGACAGUGUAUGGCACUUCAAAACAUAAGACAAGUGAUAUUGGCAAUCAUCGUGCUGAGGUGGAAUUUUUACAAGGUGUGCUUGCAAAUGAAGUGCAAGAAGAUGCGGAGGAUGCCUUGGGACAAAGUACAGACAGUCUGUCUCAUUUAAGAAGUCCCUUUGUGUUGGAAGUAAGGGAGAAGGGCUAUGAAAGAUUAAAGGAAGAACUUGCCAAAGCUCAGAGGGAGCUGAAACUAAAAGAUGAAGAAUGUGAGCGAUUAUCCAAAGUUAGAGACCAACUGGGCCAAGAACUGGAAGAACUUACAGCUAGUUUAUUUGAGGAAGCUCAUAAAAUGGUACGAGAAGCAAAUGUCAAACAAGCAGCCGCAGAGAAACAGUUAAAAGAAGCACAAGGCAAGAUUGAUGUACUGCAAGCAGAAGUGGCAGCAUUGAAAACACUAGUCCAGUCCUCUUCACCAACAUCACCUACAAAGGAGCUUCAGCCAAAUGCAAAAGCCCCUUUUAAAAAGGGACAUGUUCGAAAUAAAAGUACAAGUGCAAUGGCCAGCAGCAGCCAAGAAUUGAACGUGAUGCAGCCUAUUGUACGAGAUUGUAAAGAAGUUGAUUCGCUUCUCUUUGGUGAAUUUAAAGCCUGGAAAGAAGAACCUACAAUUGAUAGAACUUGCUGCUUUUUAGACAGAAUCUAUAAAGAAGAUAUAUAUCCUUGCUUGACGUUUGCAAAAAGUGAGAUGGCUUCAAUGAUUCUUGAAGCUGUUGAAGGUAAUACACUUAGUAUUGAACCAGUUGGAUUUCAGCCCCUACCUGUUGUGAAAGCAUCUGCACUUGAGUGUGGAGGACCCAAUGGAUGGAGAGCUGAAAUUGCAACUUUGCCAUUCCUAGAUGUCACAGUAGAACAAACAGCCAAUGGGGAACUUCAAACCAGCGUUUACAGGAAAACAACACAUACGGACCAAAUUCUGAACUACAGGAUCAACCAUCCCAACACCCACAAAUGAAGCUGCAUUAGAACGUUAUUUCAACGAGCCACCACACACUGCAGCACAGAGGAACUACGAAGAGCAGAAGAAAAUCACCUAUACAGCGUAUUCAAAAAGAACGGGCACCCAAUGAACAUAGUCCGCCGAUUUCUCAGCAACAAACCCAAACAAACAGACAAAACGGGCUCAGAAACCAUAACUACUCUCCCCUACAUCAAAGACAUUUCCGAAAUGACUGCCAGACUACUCGGACCUCUUGGCAUCAGGGUAGCCCACAAUCCCACCAACACACUAAAACAGCAGCUAAUGAAUUUAAAAGACCCUACAGACAACAAGCAAAACGAACGUCAUUUACAAAAUACCUUGCAAGAACUGUGACAAACACUACAUUGGACAAACAGGUAGAAAGCUAGCCACCAGGAUACACGAACAUCAACUAGCCACAAAAAGACAUGAUCCACUAUCACUAGUAUCCUUACAUAUAGAUGAGGAAGGACACCACUUUGAUUGGGACAACACGUCCAUCCUAGGACAAGCCAAACAGAGACACGCACGAGAAUUCCUAGAAGCAUGGCAUUCCAACCGGAACUCCAUCAACAAACACAUUAAUUUGGAGCCAAUCUACCAUCCCCUGAGAAAAAGAACAGGAAAUGACAUCACCAACCCAAGGAAACCUAACCAGAUAAAUAGAAAGCUGGACAUAACACCAGCGCUUCACCGGAGGCUCACUGAUGAUGUUACCUAGAAUGGUGACGAAAUGUCUGAAAACGAACCUUCCAGCUCAGCGAGCAAACUCCCAUCCAGAACCUCAACCUGAACUACAAAUGUUCUCAAAACUCGCUAAUGCAGUUUGUAUCACCACCUUGAGGCAGUUAAAGUUGGGCAACAAAUGAUAUCAGCAUUACUCAUUCCCAAGGAUGCACUUUGUUUUAAGAGUUAAACAGAACUUUUUAUGGAAAUGAAAGAUUUAUUUUAUUUGCAGGCACAAUGGAAUAUCUUCCAUCCCCCUCCACACCCACAGGUGACUAAGAAUAAAGACAGAGGAAACCAAAGGGAUUAUUAGAAAACUAGCUCGGUGAUCAGAAAAUUGUCUCCUUGCAAUUGGCAACAUCAAAUGCAGAUUGGCUGACUGCUUUGCGGAAGACCUCUGCACUCUCCUUGAGAAUCAUACUGAUCUUCCAGUUGCUUGGCAUUUUUAACAAAAAACAUCUUGCUUUCAUGCUAAUAUUUCCAUUUUUGGUUUGUAGUGUUCCAACAAAGUUCUACAUAAGCUGGAGGAAUAGCACCUCAUUUUCUGCUUAGGUACUUUAAAAUCUUCAGGACUCAACACAAUUUAACAACGUCACAGCAUGAUCUCUCUGCUCUGUUUUCAUUCUAGCCCUCUCCAUUUCUUGACUUUGCUCUAAGCAGAGUGGGUUCACUUCCCCUUUUUUACACCACCUGUUUAUACCUACGUUACUAUUUAUCUUUUACCACCAUUUGUAUUCCCUUUGUCGAGUGCUUUGGUCAUCCUUGCCAUCUAUUUCACUCAUUCGUCCUUCCCCCUGUCAAUAGCAUUUAAACCCACUAUUUUCCAUCCCCUUUCAGUUUUGAAGAGUAAUAUGAAAAUCAAAACUUUAAUUAUGUUUGUCUCUCCAUUGAU